AUGAAAGGCUCCCAUACCACCCUGCAGAUGCUGGGCCUGUACGUCCCGCCGGCCAAGGACAAGCCCAGGCCUCACACCUCCACUCCACAGGCUCGGGGCAGAUAUGAGUCCCCGCCUAAGAAGCAGCGGGAACAGAGGUUCUGCUCCAGGGUGGGAGAGGGCGACGGGGCCAUGACGGACGCGUUCCUGCUCAAUUGGUCGGGGCCCCUGAUGUACGCCUUCCCGCCUUUUCCCCUCAUAGGCAGGGUCCUACAGAAGGUGAAAUCAGACGGGGCAAGGAUUAUCCUGAUAGCCCCAGAUUGGGCCCGUCAACACUGGGACCUGAGCAGCAGUGAAGAUGGAGGUGGCUCCGACUCAGGCAGUGACUUUGAGGACACGCUCUGGAAAGGCGGCAAGCGGGGCACUAGGACCCCUCUUAGCUGCACCCUGGUGACGGACGUGAAGGAGAAGCUGCGGCUGAUGCGGGGGUUCUGGGUCACCCUGCCCCACACGCUCUGCAGCGACGGGAAGGUGGCGGCUGACGUGACGGACGAGGACAAGUGCUGGAACGGGCAGGCCCGGGGCAGGUACCUCCCGGACGUGACGGGGGACGGGCUGGUGAAUCAGAUCAAUAACCCGGAGGUGGAGGUGGACAUCGGGCGGCCCGACCUGCUCACCCGCCAGCACAUCCUGCAGCUGCGGGUGGCCACCAGCCGCCUGCAGGGGGCCUACGGGGGCCAGGACCUCGACUUCCAGGACACCUACGAGGAUGGCAGUGGCUCGGGAGGGGGCGAGCGGUACAGCGAGGACUGGCCGGGUGGAGGGGGCGGCGGCAGCAGCCACUCGGGGUCCCGCCCCCCCGACUCCCGUUCGCACCGCAAGGACCGGCCCGGCAAGGGCUCCAGGCAGAACCACCGCGUGCGGGGCAGCAGCAACCGUGCCGUCUCCUGGGGGGGCCCUGCCCUCCCGCUCCUGCUGCUCCCCGCCCUGGCACUGCCCCUGCUGGGGCG